AUGGGGUUGUGGGACAAAAUACAUUCAUUGUUGGUGGAUUUAGAAAUUGGAGAAAGGUUGGGGGCAAAGAUUGUUAUUUUCAAGGUUGCUGAAAUAAUAGAAAAAGCUCCCAAAAAUGCAACCUACACAUCACCUAGAAUUCAAAAGGAAAUUCUACAUGUUUUCUCAGUCAAAGUGAAAAAGGCUAUUCAGGAAGAAAUUGGUGAUGCAAAGUUUUGCAUAAUGGUUAAUGAAGCUCGUGAUGAGUCCAUAAAAGAGCAAAUGGCUGUGGUUUUUAGAUAUGUUGAUGCAGAAGGCUUUGUGAAAGAACGUUUUUUUGGGCUUAUUCAUGUUGUUGACACUACGGCUUUGACUCUAAAGAAGGGGAUAUAUUCUUUGUUAUCUCAAUAUUGCUUAGAUAUACAAAAUAUUCAAGGGCAAGGAUAUGAUGGAGCAAGCAACAUGCGAGGUAUGUGGAAUGUAUUACAAGCUUUGAUUUUGAAUGAUUGCCCAUAUGCUUACUACAUCCAUUGUUUUGCACAUCGUUUACAAUUGGCAUUAGUAAAAGCAUCAAAACAAGUUGUUCCCAUUAGUCAUUUUUUUCUUAUGUUGCUUUUUCUGAUCAAAAUUGUUAAUGCUUCAUGCAAGCGCAAUGAGCAAUUGAAAUUUGCCAAUGCUAAUGAAAUAGCACGUUUGAUUGAUCUUAAAGAGCUUAAGACUAGAAGUGGACUUAAUCAAAUUGGCACUUUACAACGAACUGUAGAAACACGUUGGAGUUCACAUUUUAGAUUAGUUUCUAGCUUAUUAAGGAUGUUUACUUCAACUGUUGAAGUUUUACAAAAUAUAAUUGAUGAUGCAAUUGAUGGAGAACAUCGGGCAAAAGUAGAAUCAGCUUAUGAGGGUUUAACUUCAUUUGAAUUUGUCUUCAUCUUGCAUCUUGAGAAGGAAACUAUGGAGAUCACUGAUAAACUUUGUUAA